GUAGCGUCAUUGAACUGAGAUUUCUAUGGUCCCGGAAGUGUCGUCCUUCUUUCCCCGGCAGUAAAAUGGCGGCUGUUGAUUGCGAUAUGCCCAUGGAGCCGGAGCCACAAAUAAUGAGUGAAGAGGAGAUGGAGAGAGAGGCAGAAGGCUUCAAAGAACAAGGGAAUGCAUUUUACAUCAAGAAGGAUUACUCUGAAGCAUACAACUACUACACAAAGGCUAUAGACACCUGCCCGAAGAAUGCCAGUUACUAUGGGAACAGAGCAGCCACCCUGAUGAUGCUGAGCCGAUACAGAGAGGCGCUGGAGGACUCCCAGCAGGCCGUGAGGCUGGACGAAUGCUUCAUGAAGGGUCAUCUGCGAGAGGGGAAGUGCCACUUGUCUCUGGGAAACUCCAGGGCUGCCAGCCGCUGCUUCCAGAAAGUUCUAGAACUGGAACCCGACAAUAGCCAGGCACAACAGGAGGAUAAGAAUGCAGAAGCCGUGCAGGAUUUUGAGAAGAUGGCGGAGUUUUGCUUUGAAAAGAGAGAUUUUAGAAGGGUGGUCUACUGCAUGGACCGCGCCUUGGAGUUCGCCCCCGCCUGUCACCGCUUCAAAAUCCUGAAAGCCGAGUGUCUGGCCCUGCUGGGCCGUUACCCAGAAGCUCAGUCUGUGGCCAGCGACAUCCUGCGGAUGGACUCCACGAAUGGCGACGCCCUGUACGUGCGGGGCCUGUGCCUGUACUACGAGGACUGCAUCGACAAGGCCGUGCAGUUCUUCGUGCAGGCGCUGCGCAUGGCCCCCGACCACGAGAAGGCCCGUCUGGCCUGCAGAAAUGCCAAAGCCCUAAAAGCCAAGAAGGAGGAGGGGAACAAAGCCUUCAAGGAGGGCAACUACGACGAGGCCUACAAGCUGUACUCUGAGGCGCUGACAAUAGACCCCAACAACAUCAAGACCAACGCCAAGCUCUACUGCAACCGGGGCACCGUGGGCUCCAAGCUGAAAAAACUAGAGCAAGCCAUCGAAGACUGCACAAGCGCCAUUAAGCUGGACGAGACGUAUAUCAAAGCCUACAUGCGAAGAGCGCAGUGCUACAUGGACACGGAGCAGUAUGAGGAAGCUGUGCGGGACUACGAGAAGGUCUAUCAGACAGAGAAAACAAAAGAACACAAACACCUCCUGAAGACUGCGCAGUUGGAGCUUAAGAAGAGCAAACGGAAAGAUUACUACAAGGUGCUGGGGGUGGGCAAAAAUGCCACAGACGACGAAAUCAAGAAGGCGUACCGCAAACGGGCUCUAAUGCACCAUCCAGAUCGACACAGUGCAGCCACCCCUGAGGUGCAGAAGGAGGAGGAGAAGAAGUUCAAGGAGGUGGGAGAGGCCUUCACCGUGCUGUCUGACCCCAAGAAGAAGUCCCGAUAUGACAGCGGCCAUGAUCUGGAAGACGAUGGCAUGAACGCAGGAGAUUUUGAUGCCAACAACAUCUUCAAGGCUUUCUUUGGAGGUCCUGGGGGAUUCAGCUUUGAAACAAAUUCAUCAUCCGGACCCGGAAAUUUCUUUUUCCAGUUUGGCUAAAAUGGAGGUUCCCAGUUUGUAUGCAGUAGCCCCAUCAUGGACAUUAUUCACUCAUCUCCUACCCUACAUUCAAUGUUCCUGACAUUUGUGCUGCUCAGUCUGGUGCCAUGAUGGAAUUCGUAUUCACGAGAAAAACUAAAAUUAAAAAUAAAAAUGUCCCAUUUUCUAUUUUAAUUUGACAAUUUGUCCAGAAAUCAUGGAUUAUUAUUUUGUGAUGCUGCCCUUUAUCAUUCCAGAACUGGACAGAAAACAUUGGAUUUCAAAUUCAGCUGAGCGAAGUAGAUGGCAUGCUUUCCUUUUUUAAAAUGAAAAACUACUUUUUGUAAGGAACAGGAUGGUAUGCAUCAAACAAUAGUCCAAUGAAAGUUUUCCUAUCAUAGUAGUAUGGCGAUUCUCAAACUGGCAAUGGAGUUAAAAUGUAAAGUGAAAACUUAUAUUGUUCAGAGACAAGAUGUUUAUACUCUCCAUAGCCAUAAGAAGCUCUGACUGAGUUAGCUUUGUAACAAAAAUGUUGAAGCCCGCACUGGCAUAGAGUGUUGUGGGUGGAGGAUGGGGAGUGUGUGCAAAACUUGAAUCCCAUUGUAGCCUUCCAUGAUUUAUUGCCCGAGUUCUCACAAAGCAUCUUCAGGGUUUGAGGAGCGUAAUUCUGAAACGUAGGCGCACUAAGAAUAUGUUAGUAACAACAAUGGCAUGUGUAACCCAUUGGAUGAAGGUGUUGUGAAUACAAGUCUGUCGUCAUGUCUGUAGGAGCAGAAUUUUCACACGUUGAGUAAAAAAAGAAAAGAAAAAAAAAGAUUUUUAGGCUCUCAUUGAUAUUUGAAUCUGCCGCAUUGUACAUUUUACUGGAAUGUAAAGUGAUUUAUGUUCAUAGUUGAUUACGUUUUUUGUUUUUAUAUAUAUUUAUUGUAAAAUCACAAACCGUAGUCCCCACGGUCAAGGAGAGUGGGUGAUUUGCUCAACUGGAAUUUAUUUAAUUUUAUUUUUUGAGAAUUUCAGAAAUACUACCCCAUUUGAAACUCCUACUGAAGUGCAACCACUUUUUUUUCUUUUUAAAAAAAUUCAAGUCCAAAAUAAAUUUGUAAAUAGAAAGUUCUUUUGACCCCCCUCCCCCUCUCCAGAAAUUUUGGUGGAGAUUGCCCUGCAUUGGUGUUGGUCCUAAAACAUUGUGGAUUGAUUACCAUGCAUUUUAAGGUUAGCCCCUGCUAGUCUGUUCUUUCUUCCUUCUGCUUGGGUUCUUCAUAUUGGUACUGAAGUCACACUGUUCAUCAGUCAAGUCUUCACUGUGAAGUGGUGCCUUAGAGACGACUGCCCAAGGUCAGGCACAAAGAUUGCUGUGAACUUGCCUCCAGUAUAUUUACACACACAUACAGUAUAAACCACCCUUUUUAAUUUCGACACUCUGCAGGAACUAAAGUAUAAUGUGAAAAUAUGUGCAUAAAAGACGAGAUUUGCUUUGCAAGAAUGUUAUUUAGUGUUCAAGGCCAGGAUAUAAACAGUCUGAAUGGACCACUUGCUCCUGCAUGGCUUGUAUCAUUUGGCUCUUCAUGCUCUUGUUUUUUGUGCUGGGUCACGUGGCAGGGUCUUGAUGUUGAGACAUACUUGUCUCCUAACUUUGGGAUCUGCUCCAGUUGAGGUUGUUGUCGCCUCCUUGUACCAGUACCCGUGCCUGUCUUGCACCAAGGCGAUGGAAAAAUGUUUCAGUCCUCUGAUUCCUUUCCACUUGUAUUAAUAAGGUGGAAUGUAACAGUUUGUGAAGAGAAAGACUGUACAUUGUAAUGACUUGAUGUACUUAUGAACCAUUUUUAUAAUGAGUAGUUAUAACUAUAGUACAAUUGUAGUAAUAUACUGGGAGUGCUGCCAUACUUUUUUGUUGUUUUGGUUAUGGAAAUUAAAGAAUCAUUUAAUCAA